AAACACAGUGAACGUGUGGAUGUGUGUGUGGUCAGCUGAUUGUGUUCCUCACGUCUCUGUGGGCGGACUCUGUCUGGAUCGGCUGUAUAAAGGACGGAUAACAGAGUUCCAGUCUCAUUCAGCCGAGCGCAGAGACUUCAGCAGAUCGGAUCUGGACAUCAUGGAGACUGUGAGGGAACUUGUUCCUUUCAUCAGAGAGAUGUUCAGCCAGAAGCCAAGCCGUGGUUUGCUGAAGGUCUAUCUGGUGGGGUCAGUCCUGGCUGUCCUGGGGUCAAUUUUAUGGCUGUUGGAUCUGAUUUUUCAAACCUUCACCUCUGACGAUCUGGAGCUGAGCUCUCUGAUGACCCGACAGGACAAACUCAAACUCUCUGGAGUCACGCUCAGAAGCUCUGCUAACCGGAUACACGCCUCCUAAAGACCCUGCGCACCCGUCCUGCAGGAGGAAUGAUCACCAAAGACCAGGUCUGAGAGGGUCUGGUCCAUCGAAUGGAUGUUUCAGAGCAUCUGUGAUUACAUAACAUACAAAAUGUGGACUUAAACACCUCUGGAAUGUAUUUAGAAAUGCACAAUGACUUGCAGUGUUUUAUAAUUGAAUAAAGUCUAUUUUCAUAGUG